CCAGUUGCAGGUUGGAGGUGGCGCCCGGAGCACCCCUGGCGGGGGGGGGGGGCCCACACCCCGGAAGUCCUGGGCCUUGGGACACUGAGUGUCAGGCGGAGUGCGCCGGAGCUGGUGUCUCUCCUCGGACCUCUGCACCAAGGGCAGGAUGAUCCCCGUGGCCGAGUUCAAGCAGUUCACGGAACAGCAGCCCGCGUUCAAGGUGCUCAAGCCCUGGUGGGACGUGCUGGCCGAGUACCUCACCGUGGCCAUGCUCAUGAUCGGGGUCUUCGGCUGCACCCUCCAGGUGACACAGGACAAGAUCAUCUGUCUGCCCAGCCAUGAUCCCCGGGAGAACGUGUCGGAGGCCCCAUGCCGGCAACUCCUGCCGCGGGGCGUCUCGGAGCAGAUGGGAGGCCUGCGGGAGCUGAGCGGCCUUAAGAACAACCUCGACCUGCAGCAGUACAGCUUCAUUAACCAGCUCUGCUACGAGACGGCGCUGCACUGGUACGCCAAGUACUUCCCCUACCUGGUCGUCAUCCACACGCUCAUCUUCAUGGUCUGCGCGAGCUUCUGGUUCAAGUUCCCCGGCACCAGCUCCAAGAUCGAACACUUCAUCUCCAUCCUGGGCAAGUGUUUCGACUCACCGUGGACCACGCGGGCCCUGUCGGAAGUCUCUGGGGAGAACCAGAAGGGCCUGAUCACCAGGCAGGCCACGGUGACCGGGGCGGCCCCGGCAGCUGCAGCCGCCUCCGGGCAGGGGAAGGCGGGGGAGAAGGAGAAGGAGAAGGUGUUGGCGGAGCCUGAGAAGGUGGUCACGGAGCCGCCGGUUGUCACCCUGCUAGACAAAAAGGAGGGAGAGCAGGCGAAAGCGCUGUUUGAGAAGGUGAAGAAGUUCCGCGUGCACGUGGAAGGGGGCGACAUCCUCUACACCAUGUACAUCCUGCAGACGGUACUCAAGGUAUGCAAGUUCUUGGGCAUCCUGGUCUACAACCUCGUCUACGUGGAGAAGAUCAGCUUCCUGGUGGCCUGCAGGGUGGAGACCUCGGAAGUCACCGGCUACGCCAGCUUCUGCUGCAACCACACCAAGGCCCACCUCUUCUCCAAGCUGGCCUUCUGCUAUAUCUCCUUCGUGUGCAUCUAUGGACUCACGUGCCUGUACACCCUCUACUGGCUCUUUCACCGACCGCUCAAGGAGUACUCCUUCCGAUCCGUGCGGGAGGAGACGGGCAUGGGGGACAUCCCGGAUGUCAAGAACGACUUCGCGUUCAUGCUGCAUCUCAUCGACCAGUACGACUCGCUCUACUCCAAGCGCUUCGCCGUCUUCCUCUCCGAGGUCAGCGAGAGCCGCCUGAAACAGCUCAACCUCAACCACGAGUGGACACCCGACAAGCUGCGCCAGAAACUGCAACGGAACGCACACGGCCGGCUAGAGCUGGGGCUCUGCAUGCUCCCCGGACUGCCCGACACGGUCUUCGAGCUCAGCGAGGUGGAGGCGCUGCGGCUGGAGGCUAUCUGUGAGAUCACCUUCCCCCCGGGGCUGUCGCAGCUCGUGCAUCUGCAGGAGCUGAGCUUGCUGCACUCGCCCGCCAAGCUGCCAUUUUCCUUGCAGGUCUUCCUGCGUGACCGCCUGAAGGUGAUCCGCGUCAAAUGUGAGGAGCUCCGGGAAGUGCCCCUCUGGGUGUUUGGCCUUCGAGGCUUGGAGGAACUCCAUCUUGAAGGGCUUUUCCCCCAAGAGGUGGCUCGGGCAGCUGUGCUCGAGAGCCUCCGGGAGCUAAAGCUGCUUAAGGUCCUCUCUCUCCGGAGCAAUGCCGGGAAGGUGCCAGCCAGCGUGACGGACGUAGCCGGGCACCUGCAGCGGCUCAGUCUGCACAAUGAUGGGGCCCGUCUAAUCACCCUCAACAGCCUCAAGAAGCUGGUGGCCUUGCGGGAGCUGGAGCUGGUGGCCUGCGGGCUGGAGCGUAUCCCCCACGCCAUCUUCAGCCUGGGCGCGCUGCAGGAACUUGACCUCAAGGACAACCACUUGAGGUCCAUCGAAGAGAUCCUUAGUUUCCAGCACUGCCGGAAGCUGGUGACGCUCCGGCUCUGGCACAACCAGAUCGCCUAUAUCCCUGAGCACGUGCGCAAACUCCGUGGCCUGGAGCAGCUCUACCUUAGCUACAACAAGCUCGAGGCCCUGCCCAGCCAGCUCGGCCUGUGCUCUGGGCUCCGUCUGCUGGAUGUGUCCCACAAUGCACUGCACUCCCUGCCGCCCGAGGUGGGCCUCUUACAGAACCUGCAGCACCUGGACCUCUCCUACAACGCCCUCGAGGCCCUGCCCGAGGAACUCUUUUACUGCCGCAAGCUACGGACGUUCCUUCUCAGCUACAAUCACCUGCGUCAACUGUGGCCCCUCGUGGGUAACCUCAGGGCCCUCAGUCGCCUGGAGCUCAAGGGCAACCGGUUGGAGGCACUUCCGGAAGAACUUGGCAACUGCGAAGGACUCAAGAAAUCGGGGCUGCAGGUGGAGGACACCCUUUAUGAGGGCCUGCCGGCAGAGGUGCGAGAGAAGAUGCAGGAGGAAUGAGGCCAGCCAGGGCGGGGCAGGUUGGAGUAGAGGUCUGUAGAUGAUUCCACCCAGAAUCUGCCACCAUCCUUCCGGAGGAGGUGGCCAAGGCCAGGCGUGUCAGGCUUGUGGCUUCCAGACAAGAUCCUGGGACUGGUUUGUCUGGGGAGAGACAGGAGAUUGGAUUUGGGGUGGAACCCCUAAAGAGGGAUUAACUGAAUCAUGGGACGUUCAGCUUGAGAACCACUUGUGUGUCUUUGUCUGGCAGGCCUGUUCUUUCUCUGCUGCCCUGCCUCCCCCCACCCGGACAUUCCAGCUCAACCAGUGCCACGCACAGGAGUGGGGGCACAUCCCAAUGGGAUUUCCAACCCUCUCACCAGCCACGCAACAAAGCCGCUUACAUCUGGGGUUCUCUCCCAAGGAGGGGACACAGACGCCAGGGACCAACCCCUCCCCCCAACUUUGAUGCUAAUCCCUUAUUUAUAAAUCGUUUGCUGUGGACACGGGCAUGCGCUCGCAGAACAAUGGUUCUCAUAUUUGGCUUCGCACCAAAACCAACGACUGCAAAAGAAAACAUGUCAGGCGCCACUUUUGGAAGACUGGCUCAGGAGGCUUGAGUGGAGGUCAGGGACCCUGCUUGUACACAAACACCCGGGUAGCUCUGAUGCAGGUGGUCCUAGAACGGCAGGUUGGGAAAGUGCUGACUCAAAUAAUAGCUCUCUGAAUGUCUAGCUCUGACCCUUUUUAGACCAUUAGAGAAGCCAAGAAAAGCUGGGCUCGCCCCUCCCCAGGAGAAUGCUCGCACAUGUACAUGCAAGACUCUGCAAACAACUUCAGGCAGCUGGCAGAUUCCCCCCGAGGACGAGCCAGAGACUUCCUAAGGUUGGCAGAUUCCUGGUUAAGGUUACCUGGCGCGGCAGCUACAUUAUUCUGAGGAAAGAAUUUUUAAAAUUUGCUAUAGCGUGUAUGCCCCUUGCCAGAGAGAGUCA